AUAGACGAGAAAAACGCAUUGAGAAUGGCCAGACAGGCAGCUUUAGUCGCCCAACAGUUCUAUCCUUUCCAAAGCCCCGAUCUACAUCGUCUUACUGGACUGUACGCGGGGUGCUUUUUUGUUCUGGAUGACAUCUGUUCAGGCGAAGACGAACUGCGCAAAUUCCGACGCAACUUAGUCGAAAAGCUACCCCAAGGGAAAAUCUUCGAAGGUUGUGCAAAUAUGCUCCGAAGCUUGGACACACAAUACUUGGAGUUCUGCUCAGACAAGAUCACAAGUGGUUUGAUUAAUCAUAUGAGCUCCACCGCCUUGGAGUACGAAACCACAGGAAAGUUCUCUUUCCUCCAAAAAUCCCCCAACUUUCCUCAAUAA